AUGAAACAUAAUCAAUCGAAUCAUCAUAAUAACAAUGAUACAACACCGGUAAAUUCACGACGUCAAAGUUUAAAAAAUCUAUAUAGAUUAGAUAAUGAAAAUAUUUAUACUCAGAAAGAUGAAUUAAUUGCAAUGUUUGAUAAUGAUUUAACAUUUCUUACUUCUUCAUGUGGUGAUGUCGUUGAAUCUGAACAUGGUUCAAAGUAUUUAUUUUGUCAAUCAGGUUUAGAAAGACUUCAAAGUUAUGAAGGACCUUUAUAUGAAUCAUCAACUGACUGA